AAAAUGCUCCGAAUAGAAAAUUUUCUUUUGUUGUUAUCAACUGUUUUGACAUAUUCUGCUGUAUAUGAUCGAUAUUCUCCUUAUUGGAAUAAACCGGAAAGGAUAAAAAUCAACCGAACAAUAAAUAUCAAAAUUGAAUUAUUGGCUAAUUUUGGAGUAAAUGAAAGAAUGAAACAAGCUGCUAAACAAGCGAUUUUACAGAAUUUCUCGGGAAAAUGGCCGGAUACUGGAAAUGAAUCUAAUUUAAUUGGAGAAGUACAUAAAUUUAUUAAUGUUUAA